AUGGAUAAAUGGAAGAGCAUACCUUUAUCCAAGGAGGAAGAAGAAGGGGUGGUGGUUGAGGAUGACGAGGUAUGUGAAUUAGAAUCCUUUCAGAGAACACUGGCUGGCAAACUAUGGACGGAUAGCAGCUUCAAUGUUAGGGCUUUUAAGAGUACUAUGAUAAGUGCGUGGAAGCUCAAGAAUCAGGUGGAGACUCAAGAUCUGGGGAAAAAUAUGUUUUUGUUCAAGUUUGCCACAAAGAGGGACUUGGAGUUUGUUCUCAGAAAUGGGCCAUGGAGUUUCGACAGAUCGUUGUUAGUUCUGAAUCGCAUUUCUGGUGAAGAACAACCUUCUGAUCUUAAUAUGCACUUUGCUUCUUUUUGGGUGAGGAUAUACGAACUCCCGCUGAACCUGAGAACAGAAGCUAUGGCAAGGAAGAUAGGUAACAUCUUGGGAAACUAUGAAGAGAUGGAUGCUAGAGAGGUAUGCAGGAAUGGUCGGUUUUUACGAAUCAAAGUAACUCUGGAUCUCAAAGGACCGCUGAAAAGAGGAACGCUGGUUAAAGUGAAAGACAAAAAUUUGCGAGUCCAUUUCAAAUAUGAACGACUGCCUACUUUUUGUUUUGUGUGCGGGAGAUUGGGUCAUCAGAUGAAGGACUGUGAAUCUCUAGACGACCUUACUGAGGAAGGUUUUGAGGAGCUGGAGGAACAGGAUCUUUCUUAUGGGCAAUGGCUUCGUGCGUCUCCCCUACCAAAGAUGAAUGAAGAUCAGAAAAAGGGAGACUCGAGUUCAGGAACCUGUAGCAAAAGUUUAUUCCAAGUUUCUUCGGGACAAAGUAGAUGCAACCAGAAAGUGACCAACAAAAGCGACGAGGCAGAGGUGGAACAAGGUAGAGAAGCGAUAGAAGGAAUGGGGGAGGCUAGAGGAGGAGAUGGGGACCCAGAGAAAUCAAAACAUAAGGAGGUUGAUGUUGAAAAGGUGGCUGAAUCUUUAGGGGCAGUGGCUUUAUCCUUAGAAGGAACUGGAGACGGGAUUCAAAAAAAGGACCUCACGCUGCCAAAAAAGAAAUGGGUCAGGAGGAAGAACAUUAAGACUGGAAAUAAUUCCCAAGGGAGAAGGAAACUGGUGGAAAAUAGCAAGAGGCAGUUGAUUGACGUUAUGAUCACGGAAGGCCCGAUUGAAGCGUGUGGAAGCGGAGAGAAAAAGAGGAAACAAGAAAGUACUGAGGAGGCCCAAAAAACCGUAUUACCAGAGGUGGUGUUGGAGACCCAACACCGCCUAUCUCAAUGA